AUGAGAUUUAUUUGCAUUCAAGGAUUCGCCUUAGUAGCAGCUGUCAGAAGUCCUCUAAGACUAAAUGAAGAACCCUCAAUUUCGGACAUCAUUUCAAACUAUCUUCUAACUUCAUCCAGCAAAUCGCAAAAUUCAGACGGUUACAUACUGAUACGCACUUCAAGAAACAACCACGAAGGAUGUCGUCUAGAAAAAGACAGAUACACGGAAAAUCAAAUCGUAGAAGACCUUCUGUGUGGAAACGCAGUUGCGAAAAUGUGGCUCGAGCGGAAGGUUUGCCCUGGAAAAAGAGAUUGUUUCAAAUGCGAUAGUUCAAGUAUACGCAUCCCACUAGCCGAAAACGGACUCGAUCUGAACACAUGCAUUUCUCCAGUAAUCAACAAAUUUGAUCGAAUGGCCUCGAAGUACCUUUGCCAUGACAAUACUCAAGCUCAUUCAUGGGGUCUCUGCUCAGGCCCGCAGCAGCUAAUGAAUUCGCCACGAUGCCCAAAUUUCUUGCUGUCUGAUCUUUUUGAUCAUCGAGCGAAGCAUCUGGUCUUGUACGAAUGCUGCAAAACAGAAGUUCAUGAGUUGGAACGACCAAUAAGAUGCUAUCCGAGCCAAUACAGAACCAUAAACAUGAAUCUGUAA